GGUACAAGCAGCCAGUAUAGACUGGGACUUGACAACCAGUGGACCUCCUGUCGAGUUUCCAUUGGCAGAAGAGAAAGCUAUUAUUCAAAGACGGUGAAUUGUAUAGGAUUAUACCAGGGAGCGCUUGCUGUUUUCUACCAACACACCAUAAGUAAAGACUUGCAGUUGCAUGGAGGACAACAGGUGUGGAUUUAAGGACCGGUGAAGUCAUGACGCUGAAGAGGAGACAAUAAAGUGGAGCUUAUUUAGCGUCAGUAGCAGUUAGAUGUGUCUGUCCCCUCGUCCGUGACGAUGACGAUGAAGGGCUUGUCGAGUAGCCGGAGGCACCAUCACAUGGUGACCUGUGACCCCUCCUAUGACUCCAUGACCCUGGGGCGCCAAGCCCGGCCCUACCCGCUGAACCCGGGCAAUGCCCACCCGGCGGACCACCCUUACUAUGCCCAGCGAAGCUCCUUCCAGUCUGAGUGCGGGCCCUACCAUGACCCGGCUAGCAGCACCUUCCCCCGAAGACACUACAGCUCACACCAUGAACUGAAGGAUGAGUGUGCUGUGGUGCCUUACACCGGAGGCCAGGGGGGAGGCGUUAAAAACAACCGCAUCCCCCCCAACCUUCUGGAGCAGUUUGAACGGCAGGCGCCGGCGCGCCAUGACGGCUACCACACACUGCAGUACAAAUGCACAGCGGUGGCGCACCAGCGCAGCGACAGUCCUGGGAGGAUCCGGCAUCUUGUCCACUCUGUCCAAAAGCUCUUCACCAAGUCUCAAUCCCUGGAAGGCCCAUCUGGGGAUAGGAUGAACGGGGGCAAGGCCAACUCUGACGACCCACCCUCCCACUCGGGCACCCUGAAGCACAGCAGCAAGCGCAGCAAGAGCAAAGACCGCAGCAGGUCGGAGCCCAAGAUGCGCUCAGCAAUCUCAGGCUACUGGAGCUCGGACGACACCCUGGACCGCGAGGUGUGCCUGUACCACCACCACAGCCCCAUCCCGGGAGGCAUGCCCUCGGGGGUGAUGACCAUGGGCCGCCACCCAGGCAAGUCCCAGUCACAGUACUUCAUGGAGCAGUACAACACCAUCAGCGCCCACUCGCUGAAGACGUCACGAAGCAACAACGACGUCAAGUGUUCUACAUGCGCCGGGUUGCCGGGACUGGGCACGGGGAUGGACGGGACUGGCCAACUGCUGAAGAAGAGCUCGUGGUCAUCAACGCUGACGGUCAGUAGGGCCAGGGAAGUCUACCAGAAAGCAUCGGUCAACCUGGACAAAGCCCCGGUCAAGGCUGAUACCUGCCAGCGGGGGGGGCGCCAGAUCUGUCAAUUCCUCCAGGUACCCCAGGACGAGUGGAGUAGGGGGUUCUUGUCCGUGGGGAAAGACGAGGAGAUCCCAUGCAGGCGUAUGCGCAGUGGCAGCUACAUCAAGGCCAUGGCGGAGGAAGACAGCGGCGACUCAGACUGCAGCCCCAAGCCCUCGCCCAAGGUGCAGGCGCGCCGGGCAAGCUAUCUGAAGGCCACGCAGCCAUCGCUCACCGAGAUGACCACCCUCAAGAUCUCCACCGAGUCGCACUCUCCCAAGCUGCAGAUCCGGAGCCACAGCUACCUGCGUGCGGUGAGCGAGGUGGAGGUGAACGGACAGAUUGAGGCAGUGUGUGAGUCUGUUUUCAGUGAGAUGGAGUCUCAAGCGGUGGAUGCUCUGGACCUCCCCAUGUCAGGCUGCUUCCGCAUGCGCAGUCACAGCUAUGUCCGGGCCAUCGAGAAGGGCUGCUCCCAAGAUGAGGAGGACAGGGUCACCAUGGUGGGGGGAAACAUGAGGGCUAUCUCAACCCCCCGGGCCACCACCACCGUCAGGACCAUCCAGAGCAGCACAGGGGAGCGGCGCGAGGGUCAACACCUGUCUGUUCUGUCGACUUGGAGUAUGUUCAUCGCUGACGGAAUGGUCCUCUCAGCCAUUCCGUUUGACUGA